AUGCACGAGCCGAGGGACACGAGAUUCCCGAGGAACUGUCGCAACAUUCAUGACAACAGACUCGUCGGCGUGGAAGAGAUCACCACGGUCUAUAAGCAUCCGGAUCUCACGCACAUCUCCGAGUACAUAAAGGAUAAAUUCUAUUUCGCGACGCUAGUCAGCGGACGCAAAGACGCGAGGAGCUCGUCGAACCUCGAUUGCUUCUCGAUCGACGACGAGUUGGUUUACAAUCAUUUUUACAACGAUUUCGGCCCGUUGAAUAUCGCUUGCUUGUACAGAUACUGUCACAAGGUGAACAAGAAGCUGCAGAGCCCGGCCAACAAGCACAAGCAAAUCGUGCAUUACACCUCCCAAACGGAGGACAAGAGAGCGAACGCUGCUUAUUUAGUAGCUUCGUAUGCUCUAUUGUACUUGAACAGAAGUCCCAGAGAAGCUUACAACGCUCUCUUCAUGGGCGGCGACGUACCGAUAACACCGUUCCAAGACGCUUCUAUGGGAACCUCGAUUUACAAGAUUCACCUUCUCGAUUGUUUGAACGCGCUCCAGAAGGCAGCAUCGUUCGGAUUUUUCAACUUCGACGACUUCGAUCUCGCCGAGUACCAGAAGUACGAGGACACGAGGAACGGUAACCUGAACUGGAUGGUGCCGCAGAAGUUCCUAGCUUUCAUGGGUCCCAGCACCGAACCGGGAACCCCCUAUCACCCCCCUGAAUGUUACAUCGACUACUUCAAGAGAAACGGAGUCACGGCUGUGGUUAGGUUGAACAAAAAGUCGUACGACGCAUCGAGAUUCACCGAAGCAGGUAUCUCUCAUCACGACAUGUUCAUGCCGGAUGGGACCGUGCCACCGAAAAGGGUUCUACAUCAGUUUCUCUCGCUCAGCGAAAACACUAGUGGGCCAAUAGCGGUUCAUUGCAAGGCUGGUUUAGGUAGAACGGGUUCCCUAAUUGCGGCUUACUUGAUAAAGCAUUACAAAAUGACUGCGAGAGAAGCCAUUGCCUGGAUAAGGAUUUGCCGACCCGGUUCUGUUAUCGGCCACCAACAAACCUGGCUGGAGAACAUGGAAAAGAAUUUGCUGAACGCCGGCGAACAAUUAAAAUACUAUGCUGAUGGGGAUGUGAUUCUGCACCAUAAAUGGGGUAUCUAUUCAGUGAUGGACAAGUUGGAGAAGAACUUACAGGAAUCAUCUCAGAUCACACACACAGAACCUAACAAAUUCAACAAUCCACCAACAGGAAAAUCGAGCAAGAUGAAGUUCACUCGACUUCUAAUUCUUUAA